AUGAUUAGGCUUUUUUAUUUUAUCAUUCACCAAAACCAUCUUUUUAUCCCAAUAGAAGUCAAAAGAAAGAAGAUUUCCAAAGUCUUAAUAGCGAAUCGCGGUGAAAUUGCUUGUAGGGUGAUUAAAACUGCCAAAUCGAUGGGCAUUAAGACUGUAGCCGUAUAUAGUAGUGCAGACCAGGGGUCGAUGCACGUUGAAAUGGCCGAUGAAGCAUACUAUAUUGGUGAAGCACCAUCACGGGAUAGCUAUUUGCGGGGCGAUAAAAUUCUUGAUAUUGCAAAUUAUUGUGGAGCUCAAGCUAUUCAUCCCGGAUAUGGUUUCCUAUCUGAAAACGCGGACUUUGCUGAACUUUGUGAAUCCCAAGGGAUAGUAUUCAUCGGUCCGCCAGCAAGCGCAAUUCGAGAUAUGGGUCUUAAGAGCACUUCCAAGCAAAUUAUGGCGGAUGCUGGUGUCCCAAUUAUAGAAGGAUAUCAUGGUGAAGAUCAAGCGGAUGCAAAACUAAAGGAUGAGGCUAGUCGUAUCGGGUAUCCUGUCAUGCUAAAAGCCGUCUGUGGAGGUGGUGGAAAAGGUAUGAGAAUAGUCAUGAACGAAGGCGAAUUUGAUCAAGCUUUGGAAUCUGCAAGGCGUGAGUCGCUAAAGUCUUUUAAUGACGAUAAGAUGAUUGUUGAAAAAUAUAUUGAAGAGCCACGACAUGUCGAGGUGCAAGUGUUUGCCGAUCAACAUGGGAACGCAGUCUACUUGAGUGAAAGGGAUUGCAGUGUUCAACGAAGACACCAAAAAAUUAUUGAAGAAGCACCAGCCCCGGGAUUGUCAGAAAGUAUUAGGCAUGAAAUUGGAGCAGCUGCAGUGAGAGCGGCAAAGGCUGUAAAUUAUGUCGGUGCAGGUACGGUAGAAUUCAUCAUGGAUAAACAUAAGAAAUUUUUUUUUAUGGAAAUGAACACCAGGUUGCAGGUUGAACAUCCCGUUACAGAAUUGGUUACGAACACUGAUCUAGUAGAAUGGCAGCUGCAGGUAGCUUCCGGUAAAGAACUUCCCUUACUCCAAGGAGACAUUGAGCCAUAUGGACAUGCAGCCGAAGCAAGAAUUUAUGCAGAAGAUCCUAAUAACAAUUUUCUCCCAGGAGCUGGACCAUUAAGGCAUCUCAAGUUUCCUCUUAACUCAGAUUCUGUAAGGAUUGACACAGGUGUCACUCAAGGUGAUAAUGUUUCAGUGCACUAUGACCCUAUGAUUGCCAAGUUGAUUGUUUGGGGAGAAGAUCGUGAAUCGGCUUUACGAAAACUAGUCUAUUCUCUUAAUGAGUGUCAUGUGGUUGGAUUAAAUACGAAUCUAAGAUUCCUAACUGAUUUGGCUAGCCAUCCCGAAUUUAUUGCUGGAAAUGUUCAUACUGGCUUUAUUCAAGAGCAUGAAAAUUCGCUCUUUGAGUCUACCAAGUCGGUACUUUCGUGCGAUCAGUCGGCUUUGGCUUGUUUGAGUUUAUUAUUAUUCGAACAGAAAGACGGCUUAUUAAGGGAUAUGUUCAUUUCACAAGACCUAUAUUCUCCUUGGAAUUCAACGUCUGGACUCAGAUUCAAUACCCUUUAUUCAAAAUCGGUUACGUUAAUGGAUGGUGAAAGCGAAAUGAACUUUUUAGUUACCUAUAACCGUGAUGGCAGCUAUUCUAUUAAGCUUUCUGACACGUUAGAAAUGGAAGUAGCCGGCAAGAUAUUUGAUGCCGAAGACGACGAUACUAUUUUCAUAAAUGCGGUCGUCAAUGGAGUGAAGCAUACUGCUAGCGUAGUGCGCUAUAACGACUGCCUUCACAUUUUUACUGCUGAUGACUCGUUUAAAGUUCAAGUUCCCCUACCUAAAUUUGUGACAAUGCAACAAGAUAGUGCAAUUACUGGUGCUGGGACUGUUGCACCUAUGACCGGCGCCAUCAUUAAGGUCUUGGUAGAAAAUGGCCAGAAGGUCGAGGCAGGCGACGUCUUAAUGCUCAUUGAGGCCAUGAAAAUGGAACACAAAAUAGUGUCGCCUAGAUCGGCAACCGUAAAGACAGUGUUGUUCCAGGAGGGUGAUUCAGUGGAGAAAGAUCAAUCACUGAUUAUUUUCGAAGAAUCUGAAGACAAUGAAUAA